AUGUCACCCCAAGAGCCAGUUCCCAUUGCCAUCGUAGGCAUGGGCUGUCGGUAUCCUGCAGGAGCCAACAGCCCCGAAGAAUUGUGGAAUGUCGUUGCAGAGGGUCGAAGUGGAUGGACAGAAGUGCCUUUGGAUAGGUUCAACCAUGAAGCAUUCUAUCACCCCGAGCCUGAGAUUCCAGGGACCAUUAACCAAAAGGGAGGUCACUUCAUAGACCAGGACAUCUCUGCCUUUGAUGCUGGGUUUUUUGGGAUGGCACAACAAGAGGCAGAGACACUGGAUCCACAGCAGCGUGUCGUACUGGAAACUUCAUGGGAGGCGAUUGAGAAUGCGGGCAUUCCAAUGCAUCAGCUCAAGGGUUCAGACACUGGAAUAUUUGUGGCCAUGUUCGGUCAUGAUUUUGAGCAGGCAACACACAAAGACCCAGUAGCCGUCUCCAAAUAUCACAACCUUGGUGUGGCACGCCCAUUGCUCGCAAACAGAGUGUCGUACAUUUUCGACCUUCAAGGCCCUUCCGUCGUGGUUGAUACCGCUUGUUCAGGAAGCUUGGCAGCUAUUAGCUUAGCUUGCCAAAGUCUGCGCUCCGGAGAGACGUCGAUGGCACUAGCUGGCGGUGUCAAUCUGAUAUUCUCUCCAGACCAGAUGUCUCUCAUGUCCAUGACUGGGCUCUUCAACGACGAAGGAAGAUCUUUCACAUUUGACACUCGCGGUAACGGCUAUGGCCGUGGCGAAGGCGUGGGAAUUGUCGUCCUGAAGCGCUUGGGUGACGCCCUGAGCAAUGGAGAUACCAUUCGCGCUGUCAUUCGAAACUCAGGCAUCAACUCUGAUGGCCGAACAAACGGCAUCAUGCUUCCAAACCAGGCCGCCCAAGAGCGUCUUGCAAAGAGCCUAUUCCAAAGCCUUCCGUUCAACCCGUCUGAUGUGCAAUAUGUAGAAGCACAUGGUACAGGAACCAAAGCUGGAGACAAAGUGGAAGUAAAUACCAUUCGAAAUGUCUUCUGCGAGGGUCGCGAUGGCGCAAACCCCGUAUUCGUUGGUGCUACCAAGCCCAACCUCGGACAUUCUGAAGCUGCGAGUGGCACUGCAGGUCUUAUCAAGACAGUUAUGGCGAUGGAAAAGGGACUGAUUCCACCAAACGUACUGCUUGAAAACUUCAAACCUGGGUUGGAACCAGGUCGUUGGAGUAUGGAGAUUGCGCGGUCGCUCACCCCGUGGCCCUUAACAAAGACUAGCCGGAAGGCUGUGGUCAACAGCUUUGGAUUUGGAGGGACAAAUGCCAUGCUACUUUUAGAAUUCGGGCGUGUUUAUGAUGGUAAUUAUGGCCAUCCUUUCGGUGCAAACAAUUACAUCAAUGGGCUGGAUUGCGAUGAGCAUGUCAAACCAAAUGAGCCCAAGAUGCCGCGCCUUUUCCCUUUGUCCGCCACCUCGGAGCAUUCUCUGCGGGAAGCUGCCAAUGAUCUUACAGCUUAUUUGAAGCGUCGGAACGAUAUUCGACUCGACGACCUUUCUCACACUCUUACAGGGAGAAGAUCACAAUUCCAAUGGCGCUCAAGCAUUGUUGCUGAAGACGUCCACUCUCUCAUACAAAGUCUUUCAGCAAAGGAUUUGGCGCGGAGCAAGGUGCCAAAUAAAGUUGCAAACGCCUUCGUCUUUACUGGACAAGGUGCGCAAUGGGCGACGAUGGGCCACAAGCUUCUUCUAUCGGCUGAAGACAAUGCAUUCGCUCGCUCCAUCUCGGUUUCGGAAGAGUUGCUGAAGAAAUUUGGCGCACAGUGGAGCCUUGUCGAAGAAUUGUCUAGAGAUGCCGCAUCGAGCCGCUUGAACGACAGUACAUAUGGCCAGCCUGCCAGUACUGCCGUUCAAAUCGCUCUCGUUGAUCUUCUGAAGAGCUGGAAUGUCCUGCCUGCUGCGGUGGUUGGUCACUCCAGCGGCGAAAUCGCCGCGGCAUACGCUGCUGGCGCUAUUUCACAAAAGGCGGCCAUGCUGGCUUCUUACCACAGAAGUUUCCUGGCUGAAAUGUCCAAGAAGCGGACUACACAGCGUGGAGCUAUGUUGGCUGUUGGACUCGGACGUGAGGCCGCCGAGAAGUAUAUCGGAAAACUUGAGGGCCCUGGUGUUGUAGUGGCGUGUAUCAAUAGCCCGUCGAGUGUAACAAUUUCCGGAGACGCAGAUGGUAUUUCGGCUCUGAAAGACGCUCUCGAUGUAGACGAAAUAUUUAACCGGCGGCUUAAAGUUGAUACGGCAUACCACUCUCAUCAUAUGAAACUAGUUAGCUCCGAUUACCUGCAACAACUUGAAGGACUCGAAGCAGGCUCUUCAGAUCCCUCAAUCCGUUACUUUUCGAGCGUUACAGGACAAGAGAAGUUUGAUGAAUUUGGCGGCUCAUACUGGGUAGACAACUUGGUAUCCCCAGUUCGGUUCUCAGAUGCUUUACAAAACUUACAUCAUGAACUAAAACAAGUUUCUCUCAAUAUCAUCGAAAUAGGCCCACACUCGGCUCUCUCCGGGCCGGUCAAGCAAACCCUUGCAGGGUUGCAGACGGAGGGAUCCUCAUACAUCUAUAUUCCCACAUUGAUACGUGGUGAGCAUGACGUCAAGGCUCUCAUGAAUACGGGAUCGAGUCUUUUCCGUGGUGGGAGUGAAAUAAAUAUGAGGGCUGUUGCUUCACUUAGUAUUUCACAAUCGUCGCCGCCGACAGUUUUAGGAGACUUGCCGACAUACCACUGGAAUCAUACGACAACUCAUUGGACGGAGUCACGAUUAAGCCGUGAGUAUAGGUGCAGGAAGUAUCCCUCUCAUGACCUUUUGGGUUCUCGCGUGAUUGAAUCAUCGGACAGCCAACCUAGUUGGCGCAUACUGCUGAGUACAGAGAGACUUCCAUGGCUGCAAGAUCAUGUCGUCGAUAAUUUUAUCGUGUUUCCCGCUGCUGGAUACAUGACAAUGGCGAUCCAAGCCUUGAAACAGCUGGAUCAAGAUCGUCGCCCAGAUCUCAAGCCCAGAGGCUACAGACUAAAAAAUGUUUCCUUCAAGAAGACUUUGACUCUGCCCAAAGAUGACAAGCCCGUCGAAGUAAUCAUAUCUUUCCAAUAUGUUGACUCGAAUGACUCCUGGUUAUUCACCGUCUCUUCCAUGUCAGAUCAAGGCAAGUGGCAAGACCACUCUAGUGGAACUAUAUUGGCUGUUUUCGAGACAGACUUGGACGAGAUUGAACAGACUCGUGAAGCAGAAUAUGACCAAAAGUCCCAGAUCUCUCGCCUCAAGAACGCGGGCGAGACUUGCACAAAAGUCAUCACACACGAGGAUCUCUAUGCACAGAUGGCAGUAACGGGCAAUCAGUAUGGGCCGACCUUUGCAAUCAACGACGAAAUGCGAAUAUCAGGGUUCCAGUCUCUGAACAAACUUGUUGUUCCGGACAUUCUUGCAAAAAUGCCCGGCAAAUUCAUGCAGCCCCACGUCAUCCAUCCAACUACACUAGAUGGAAUCAUCCAGUCAUGUCUGCCUGUUUUCCAACAACACUCCAUCAAGGGCUCCGUCAUGCCGAUUUUAAUCAGCGACGUGUUUAUUUCAACGGCUAUUGCCAAUAAGCCAGGCAGUAAGCUCGAGGCUGUGUGCGAUUUGAGCGAUGUUUUUGCACACUCUACGAGCUUUAGUACCGCUGUCUUUCAAACGGGAGAGGACGGCAAGCCGCAAUGUGUUCUCACGAUGGAUAGAGGAGAGAUUCGCGUGGUCGGAGAAUCUCAGUCGUCUCAAACCAUGAGCAAUGACAACAUCUUCAAGAUGGAAUGGGGUCUCGACACUUCAUCAAUUACCGCCGAAAUAAUAGAGUCUGCCGUCGUUUCCUUGCAGUCUGAUGAAGUCGGCAUCUCUCAGGCAGAGAAGGUCAAUCUUACCUCUGUCGCUUGUGCGAGAUACAUUGACUGGGCUGUCAGAGAGAUGCACGAUCGUGCGCUAACAGUAAAAGAUGAUCAUCGAGUCAACUGGUGGAAGCUGCUGAAAAAGUUUGCCGCCUCAGAGGUAGGCAAGUCGCUUAUCCAACGGAGCCCAGAGACCAAAGAAGAGUUGGAUAAACUCACCUCCAGACUGGGCGUUGAAGGAGAGGCCGUAGCUAGGAUUGGACCCGAGCUGAUUCCCCUCUUGACCGGCGAGACCGAUCCGCUCACCCAUUUCCUCAAAGACGAUCUUCUCUUCCGAGUGUACCACUCUGAUGAAGGCGCUCGACCUAACCAGUACAUGGCUGAUUAUGUCAAAAUGCUUACUUUCCAGAGGAGAGAUCUCAGAAUUCUCGAGAUUGGCGCCGGAACUGGAGGCACGACAUAUCGCAUACUUCAAUCAUGCAGCCCCCAUGGCGACAGCUUCUGCGCGGAAUACAUGUACACUGACAUAUCAUCUGGGUUUUUCGAGGCUGUUCGCACAACCCGACUGAAGGAUUGGGCCCAUCUCUUGACGUUCCAGACUCUGGAUCUUGAGAAGGACGCAGCAGAGCAAGGGUUCGAGGAGCAUUCCUACGAUCUCGUCGUUGCUGCAAACGUCGUCCAUGCCACACGCUCCUUGGCCAAGUCCCUCAACACCAUCCGAAAGUUGCUGAAGCCCGGCGGCGUACUUGGUCUGGUAGAGCUUACUAGAACAACGCCAUAUAUCAACAUGACGUUUGGGUCGAUUCCCGGCUGGUGGGCUGGUGUUGACGAAGGACGAACUGAAAGUCCCCUUCAAUCCGCUGAGCAAUGGAACACGCACCUUCAAAACGCUGGAUUUUCUGGAGUCGAUCUGGCUGCUUACGACCUCCCCGAGCCAGAAAGACACUGUGCGCUGCUGCUCUCAACCGCAGUGGCUGCUCAACCGCUGGACGACUCUCGUGAUGCUCCUCACUUCAAAAUCCUGAAUUCCAUCACCGAGGAUCAACAUGCAUUUGGAUUUUCGGAGAAACUGGCUGCCGAUUUGGCGGUCAAGGGCUUUCGAUCUUCUGUCGAUGAGUGGACAAAUACUGCCGUGGACGAUGCGUGCUCCUACGUCAUAAUCGAGUCCUCAGGCAAACCUCUCCUCACACAGGCGUCCAGCGAGAUAUUUGCCCGCAUCACAGAAUUGCUGUCCAAGGCGAAGAAGGUGUACUGGAUCAGCUUCGCAAAUGGCGCUGGCAACGUUGUACCGGAAAACUCGUUGGUCACUGGAGUCUCGAGGUCCGCGCGGAACGAGAAUCCGCAUCUCGACUUCUUCACUGUUGAUGUGCAGGACUCUCUGGAUCAGCAGCCGGAUCAAAUUCUUCAGGGAAUCACAGCGUUCAUCUGUUCUACGGAGGACAAGAUUGCAAAGAGCCAGCCACGUGAGUUUGAGCUCUUGUACAAAGAUGGGAAAUUGCAGAUCCAGCGCUUUGUCUCAAACGAGAAACUCUCGAGGGCCGUUUCGACCACUUCGAAUGAUUCAGAGACUGAAGAAGUCAAGUUCCACCAGCCCGAACGUCCUCUCAAGAUCAAUGUCGACAAACCUGGCCUCUUGAACAGCCUCGUGUUUAUCGACGAUGAUGCCGGCGCUCUUGGUCCUGACGAGAUCGAAAUUCAAUCUUAUGCCUGGGGCCUCAACUUCUCCGACGUCUUCAUUGCCCUUGGUCAGUUGCCACCUACUCAACCCAUGGUUGGCGAAAGCGCAGGCAUCGUUACGGCUGUUGGGUCCAACUUCACGUCGCAGUACAAGCCCGGCAAUCGUGUAACGGCCAUGUUCGGCACACCUUACGCCAGUCGAACCAGAACGAACGGCCAUUUGAUCCAUCGUAUUCCUGAUACUCUCUCAUUCACCGAUGCGGCCUCGAUUCCUCUGACUUUUGCGACUGCGUACUACUCGCUUUUCGAUUGCGCCAAUCUCCGCCAAGGGCAGACAAUUUUGAUACACUCUGCUUCGGGAGCAUUGGGCCAAGUUGCCAUCAAGAUCGCUCAACGACUUGGUGCAGUCAUACUUGCCACUGUUGGCAGUGCUACCAAGCGUGAAAUCCUGAUGGACAAGUACGGCAUCCCGGAGAGUCACAUCUUCAGCAGUCGUACAACCGACUUUGCAGCUGGCGUUAAGCGACUCACGAAUGGCGUUGGUGUUGACGUGGUUUUGAAUUCCCUCUCUGGACCCAUGCUCCAUGCCUCCUGGGAGUCCGUCGCUGCCUUCGGAACCUUUGUGGAAGUUGGCAAGACAGACAUCUCUCGACGCAGUCAGCUGAACAUGAAGCCAUUCGAGAGGAACCUGAGAUUCGUCAGCGUGGACCUGGUAGGGCUCUCAAAACAACGGCCGGCGGAAUGCCAGAGACUUUUGAAGAGAAUUUUUGGCGACUUUGACGCAGGGCAUUUCACACCACUGCCAGUAACGGCGAUGCCCAUUGGCGACAUUGAGAAAGCAUUCAGGCUAAUGCAGAGCCGGAAGCAUACUGGGAAAAUCGUCCUGGGAGCUUCCGAUAAAUCAACUGUUCAGGCCAAGAUACAGCCCCUCCAACUACGAGCCGAUGGAACGUACAUCAUUGUUGGCGGUCUUGGAAGUUUGGGCAAACAUCUGUGCAGGCACCUCCAAGAGAAGGGUGCACGCCACAUUGCCUUGUUUACGCGGCAAAGCUAUGACGACGCCGUCAAAGGUGAGAUGGAGAAAGAGCUCACUGACUUUCCUGAUGCUAUUGUCAAGAUUGUGACGUGUGAUGUUGGAAAUGCCGGCGUGGUGCAACAGGUGGCCAGUGAACUUGGCAAAACCAUGCCGCCAGUAAGAGGCAUUCUUCAUGGCGGCAUGGUGCUAUCGGACCGAACUAUUUCCCAAAUCACACAGCAGGAUUUCGAGACUGCGCUCUUGCCCAAGUACCAUGGUACAAUCAACAUCUACAACGCAUUCUACAACGGAGAUGUUGACUUUUUCAUCAAUCUUUCUUCGCUUUGCGGUGUCGUCGGAACGAUUGGCCAGUCCAAUUAUGCGGCAGGAGGCACGUAUCAAGACAUGUUCACGCACACUCAAGUGUCUGCGGGUCGCAAGAAUUUUGUGACUAUUGAUUUCCCCUUGAUCAAGAGCACAUAUACCGUCACCCAGGAGCACACACAUUCUUUGGCAAGACAGGGUGUUCAACUUCUUCCCAUCGAGCUUGCGCUUCCUGUAGUUGACUAUGCGAUGAGCGGGAAAGCGUUCAAGGAUGGCAAUCACCAGAUUGCCUUUGGCCUCGACCCCCAAUCCUUCAUUGACCAAACUAUACCGGGUGGAAGAGUGCCACCGCUGGUAUCUCACAUAUUGUCUGCUCACGGCCGAGGUCUCGCGCGUCAGGCCAGCCGCGAGAUUGAACAGACUGCAGAGGAAAAAAUUGCUCUUGCAUCAACUUUUGGGGAUGCGGAACAACUGGUGCUGAUUGCAAUCCGUGAAAAGAUAGCCUCUCUUACUGUGCUUGAAUCCGAGGAGCUUGAUGUAGACCAGUCCGUUGCAAAUAUGGCGCUUGACUCGCUGGUCGCCACUGAGAUCAAGAACUGGAUCACUAACAAACUACAGGCGCCAGUCCAAACGUCAGACAUUUUAGAUGCGCCAAGUCUUCGUUAUCUCGCUGCUUUUGUUACCAAAAGCUCCAAUUUGGUGAAGAGCAAGUCAGGGUCACAGCUGAACGGACACAAUGACGAUACGAAUGGUGAUAGCAACGGCGCCAAUGGCAAGAGAGAGGUUGCUCUUCCCAAGUAUCCCUUACAGACGCUAGAGAUGACGCUGGAUAUUUUCCUUGAUUCAGUUGGUCACAUUGCAAACGAAGAGGAAUUGAAACACACUCGCGAGGCCAUAAGCGCUUUCCAGACCCCCGACGGACUAGGACAACAACUGCAAGCGAGACUGGCAAAGCUCUCUGGCGAGCAGGGCGAGAACAAUGAAGUCGUCGACAUGUAUGUCAGAAACAAGUGGCUUCGAGGGCGAGACUGGCGACCCAGGCUUCGAAACUUUUUCGCCACCCUACCUGGACAAGAUACGGCUCGCCAGCCUCAAGCAGACCAGGCAGCGCAGCUUACAUUGGGAGCUUAUGGAUACAAGCUUGCUCUAGAUGCGGGAACAGUCCAGCAGGACUAUUAUAAUGAGCAAGCACUAGAUAUGGCGACGGUUUAUUGGCUAUUCAGCUCGAAUCGUACCCCCGCCCUUGGCUGCGACGGCUACGAUCGAUACCCAGAGAGCGAUUACAUUGUUGUCAUGAAACGUGGACACGUAUACAAGGUUCCCAUGAGGAGUAGCAAUGGCCAAAUUGUAGCAUACAGCAAGCUCGUCUCCAUCUUCCAAGCAAUCUCUCAGCAUAGACCAGAUGGAACAAACUGGACAAGUUUACUCACUACUGCAAAUCGUGAUGAAUGGGCAUGGGCCCGCGAUGAAAUAAGAACAGGCAGCGAAGACGGCCGCAACUUUGUAAAAACAAUUGAAGAAUCUCUCUUCAUUAUCUAUCUUGAGGAUGUCGCCCCCGAAACAGCAAACGAUCGUGCAGACAUCUUCCUUUUGGAUGACAACUCGAACCGUUGGUUGGACAAGACGCUCUCUUUUGUCGUCUGCUCCAACGGCGUGUCUGCUAUUUGGGGCGAGCACACCAUGGUCGAUGGCACCACAUUUGGCGGUUUGAUUAAAGCCCUCAGUUCACCCUCAACUAAGUCCUUUCAAACAUCCAGCGGAUCAUCUGGCGAUAACACCACGGUUGACGGCGACUUUUUGCAUAUUCCGUUCACAUUGCCGCUUACCCUCUUAAGUCACAUCAGUCCUCUUCAAGCUCAGCAUCAACGAGCCCACGAUGGCUACACACUCGCCAAUCUCACGCAUACUUACUAUGCGGCCGCUUAUCUGAGGCAGCAAAAGCUUCCACCCAAAACUGUCAUCCAGCUGGUAAUCCAGGUAGCCGUCCGCCGUCUCUUUGGAUACAACCCCUCGGGCGCAGUGGACGUAAUCUCCCAACGCCCUUUCCGCGGCGGACGAACAGAUAUGAUUUACGUCAUGACGCCACCUAUCCAAGCAUUCUGCGCUGCAGCUGAGGAUCCUUCUGUCAGCGGCGUUGAGAAGAGACGAUUGUUCCUGGAAGCGGUCAAGUCCCACGCAAGGCUUGUAGCUCUGUCCACUCGAGGAAGAGGAUUUAGGUGGCAUCUCAUGGCGCUCCGAGAGAUGAUGGAACCUGGUGAGGAGCUUCCUGCAUUCUACAACGAUACUGUUUUCGCCAGGACAAGCGAACGGCCGGUUUGCACGAGUUUCACGGAAUUUGGGCUUCCAGAGAUGGGACGGUGUCAGCCUCAUAAGGCUGACGUAUGGGUUGGUGUGCAGGUCUUUGACGAAAGGUAA